UCCCAAGACUGCGAAUCAGUCAACCACUGAUUCACUCACUCCCAUUGCUCCCCUCCAUCUCUCCUAGCAAAGAAAUGAGGAGAACCUUUGUUUCUAUGCUGAUUCUGAUUUUAUUUCUUACCGCUUCAAAUGCUGCUGCAGCAGAUGAUCAGUUACCAGCAUCAGCAAUAAUAUCAAGAUUCCAGCAGUACCUCCAGAUCAACACGGCCCAGCCCACUCCUCUAUACAGGGUAGCAGCCGACUUCCUCCUCGCCGAGGCCGAAUCCCUCUCCCUCCAAUCCCAGACCCUAGAAUUUGUCGCUGGGAAACCCCUCGUCCUCCUCAAGUGGCCCGGCUCCGACCCUACUCUCCCAUCCAUCCUCCUCUACUCCCACACCGAUGUCGUCCCGGUCGAGCACCACAAAUGGUCCCACCCUCCCUUCGAGGCUCACGUUGACCCCGAUGGAAACAUCUACGCCAGAGGUUCACAGGACAUGAAGUGUGUCGGUAUGCAGUACCUGGAGGCCAUCCGUCGCUUGAAGGCUUCUGGCUUUAACCCCGUUCGCAACAUAUACCUCUCUUUCGCCCCCGACGAGGAGAUUGGCGGCCACGACGGAGCAGAGAAGUUCGCUGAUUCUGACGUCUUCAAGAACAUGAACGUGGGUAUAGUCCUUGAUGAAGGGCUGGCUUCGCCGAGUGAGGAGUAUAAGAUGUUUUACGGGGAGAGAUGUCCCUGGUGGCUGGUGAUAAAGGCCACUGGACCACCAGGCCAUGGAGCAAAGCUAUAUGACAACUCGGCCAUGGAGAAUUUAUUCAAAAGCAUUGAGACUGUGAGGAAGUUUCGAGCUUCGCAGUUUGAUUUGGUCAAGGCGGGCUUGAAGGCUGAAGGUGAAGUCAUUUCAGUAAAUAUGGUAUUUCUUAAGGCUGGCACACCAUCUCCAACUGGAUUUGUCAUGAACUUACAGCCGUCUGAAGCAGAAGCAGGUUUUGAUAUUCGUGUCCCACCAACUGCUGACGUAGAAUCUUUGGAGAGGCGAAUUGCGGAAGAGUGGGCACCUACUUCACGCAAUAUGACAUAUGAGCUUGGGCAGUUUAAGCAGAAAACCCCUGUAACAGACAAUUUUGGGAGGCCAAGGGUUCCAACCACUGGCAGUUCUAAUCCGUGGUGGGCCCUAUUGGAAAAGGCUGUCCAAAAGGCUGGUGGAAAGCUUGGUAAACCAGAAAUAUUUCCUGCCUCAACAGAUGCUCGCUACUUCCGCAACCAAGGCCUGCCAGCUAUUGGCUUUUCUCCUAUGGCGAACACUCCGAUUCUACUUCAUGACCAUAAUGAGCAUCUGAACCAGGCUGAAUAUCUGAAAGGAAUUGAUAUGUAUGAGUCAAUAAUAAAAGCCUAUUCAUCUUAUGUUGAGCAUCCGAGCAAAGAAAGCUCCAAAGAUGAGUUAUGAGUCUCCAACGAUGAGAGGGUUACGGUCCUCACAAUAAGCAGUGCGGGUUAAUCCCCAUCCUCAAUAGACCACGCUUACUGUCAAUUUGCCCCUCCAUUACAGCAAAACUAGCGUACCAAUAACUUGGAAUGUUGACUGCCACUUGUGCUCCUAUCAUAUAAUUCAUGUAACAUUGAAUUUAAUGUGCUGCAAUACAUCUUAUUAUUUUUCUUAGUAUUGUAUCGUAAUUAAAUGCUUGAAAUCCAAAUUUGAUUGCUCUUCACGUAUUAGAGUAAACUUUGUUGCGA